AGCCAAUGACAACACCUGCUUCUUGCCUUCAUUCAAGUGACAGAAACGCCAGGGGCUACGGUUCUGGUAUAUUUAGUCAUCCCCCCUCUCUCGAUUUCUGUUCAGAUACCGUGUGCAACUGAAGCAACUAAGCCGCUCGUGUGGUCAGUCAGAAAGCGUUCCUCCUGCCCACAGCGUGGCUCCCUGGCCCCAAGACAGUGCAGCUAUGGACACAGUCAUGAUAGCGAGUCUUCUAACAACCUUGCUCAUUGUUCUGCCGCCUCAUCUCGUUCUUGGAACGGACGAGGCUGAUUUACCGGAAAGCCACCACGAACGGGACAAAUUGGCCAACCAGCAGAAAGCUCGCCUUUCUUUGCAGAAUACAGCUGAAAUACAGCACUGCCUGGUGAACACUGGCGACGUUGGAUGUGGAGUUUUUGAAUGUUUUGAAAACAAUUCCUGCGAAAUCCAUGGACCACAUGACAUAUGCUUGGCUUUUCUGCACAACGCUGGGAAAUUUGAUGCCCAGGGCAAAUCUUUUAUUAAGGACACCCUGAAGUGUAUGGCUCAUGGAUUGAGAAUAAAAUUCAGCUGCAUCAGUCGAAAAUGCUCCACUAUCCAAGAGAUGGUGUCUCAACUGCAGCAAGAGUGCUACCUCAAACAUGACCUAUGUUCCACUGCAAAGGAGAACAUUAAUGUGGUCGUGGAGAUGAUUCACAUUCGGCAUCUACUUUCAAAAGGGUCAUACUUGGAGUUUAUAAAGGCUCUGUUCCAUUGUCAUGAAGACGUUAUGGAAGCUGUAAAGAAAAGUGUGCGAUCCAGAUUUGGACAGAACCUUGCAUUUUUACGACAGAUCUUGCAAGAGGAUUCCUGCUCUUCUCGCAAGCAAGCUGACCAAGUUACCCCAACAACUGCAGCUCCUGACAAAAAACAAGGGGACAGCCGUAAAGGCCACAAGGGUAGCACAGAUAUAAAUUAUCUUGAGAUUGACAGGGAGAAUGCUAGGAACCCAAAAGGAGAAAAGGAGAAAAGUGGAAAAGUUCACCCGAAUGCUCAUGCACGUGGCCGAGGUACUGGUCAGGCCUCACGGCGAAUAACCGAGGAACGUACUCAUAUUGGUGAUGCCGUUGAGUUAUCCGAUAUCAGAAGGUGAAAGGCCAUUAGUCUUAAGGACUUUCCAUGCACCCAUUUCCUUAUUAUGGACAUUCCAAAACACAUAUCCUAAAAUGGGAUUUGUGCUACAUGCAAAAUAUUCUGGGAAUUGUAGUUCACCUCAGCAGUCAGCUUCCAUACUUCACUUAAACUCAACUCCUAGAAUGCAGUCCAACAUAUAUCCCAUAUUCACUGUACUUGAAAGUUAACAUUAUAUCAAUUAUCUCACUCAACAAGCCACCUCAGCAUGCAUGAAAGUUUCCUUUUUAAUUUAAAAACAAAAUCAGAACAUCUUCUUUACUUCAGGACAAAAUCUUUAUUAUUAGAUAUAUCUUGGGUAAUUUUGUACAGGGCAAAGCUUUUGUGAAGGUCUACAUGUUCGUCUACUGAUUACAUUUAUUCUAUAUUGUAAAUAUUUAACAUUACUAUUUAUUGUAGUUUCUGUAUCAACAAUAUACCAGUUGGAUAAGGUAAAUUAAACUAUUUCAUUUCCUGUGUUGUACAUAUUCAUAUCACUAGUGAGUUUUCUUAUGCAACAUACUGUAAUUUUAUAUCAUUCUAUAAUUUUAUUGGUAGUUGUUAAUUAUUUAUUAAACACCUUAUUCAAGUCUAACAAAAAUUGCUUUUUUAUUGAUAGUUUUAACUAGAAUAUCAUUAAAUCAUUUCGUUAUCUGCUAACACAUUGUUUUCUGCUAAUUAUUUAGUGAAGUUAUUCUUUCUGUCGUAGGCACAUGAUUCUGGCAAAAUCAUACUAGUGAAUAGUAAAUUAGAAAAAAAUAGUCAAAUAUAUAUUGUGUAGCAUUCAAUGAAUUAUUUCUUAUUACCACCAAAUGUUCAUUAUAUGUAUAAAUGCACACAUUGAUUUUUUUCCCAAUAUACAUGGCAAAAUCAUCUGAUUAAAAGUAUCCCCACUGAUCAC